UGGUUCUGUAAAUUUGUGAUAUUCAGAUUUUUUUGAAAAGUGUUUCAAGCUUUUCUUGUACGUUUAGUAAAUAAUUCCUAUUUUUGAACAAUAUUGUUUUGAUGAGAAAAAUUAUUUUUAAUUAAAAUUUUAUUUGGUAAUUGUCCAAACACUAAAUUUAGCAGUACGAUCUCCCGUGGACACGAAAGCUGCAGUUCGUUUCUUGCCGGUAAAAGCUACCAAUCGCUUCAAAAGCUCCUUAUACAAUACGAUAUUGAUGCGCAGGUCCGUCGCUGGCAGCUGUCAAAAUGUUACAAUCGCCGAACAGCCCGAACAAUGAUAGGGAGACGAUUACCACAUACGCACACACAAAACCUCCCAAAAGCUGCCUUUUAAUUGUAGUUGUGCGUGAUAUACACACACAGUAGGUCGUGCCUGGGAAUGGUAGGAUAAUCCCGCCAAGAGGUAACGGCUGCCGUAGCAACAGCAUCUUCAUCUUCAUCCAAACACAGUGUGUACCGUGUUCUUGGGUGGGGGGAGAAAACAUUUACAUGUAGCAGUUAAGGGAUUGUGUGAGUGUGUUAGUGGUAUACCGCACUGUACGCGUACGUACUAUGUUUAUGAAGGAUGGUGCAAUGUUGAAUGUUUCUCGCCAGUGUCAAAGUAUCCUUCGACUAGCUCAGGAACUGGAGGUAGAUAGUGAAAGCGCUCCAGAAUUCGUUUUCACUAUUGGCCAGGUAACAUCGUGCAAACAUUAAGUUAGAGUGAUACAGUACAUUGGAUAGUGAGUUGAGAUUGAAUUAUGGUUGUGGUUGCAAAGAAAAAUGGUGGAUACACAGAAUGACUGUGUACCUUCUGGUGUGAAAAUGUUAAUCCCAAAAGGGACGUUUCGUGUUUGAGUUUGUGUGUGCGUGCAAGAGUGAGUGUAGUGUUACUUCUCAGUUUCCAAGCAAUGGUUUAAGAAAGUGUCCAAGAAACUAAUCUUUUCUUCGAAUCAACCAGAUCUGGAAGAUUCUCGCAACGAAGAAAUGUGCAUUGUGUUUCCACUGUCUGGACCGUAAAGAAGUGUUGUCGCAUUGUCAAGGAUACUGCGACUCUGCAUCGUACGCAGAAGAUGAUGGUGUAAAGUGGAGUGUACACUGUAGGGAACGUAUAGUGGCAGUGGCAUCCUGCGUCGGUCAAAUACGUACGGGAUCUAGUAGACUGGAAUGAAUACGGACGGGUUGCAUAGGUCAACUGAUGUGGGUGUAGCUGUCCGCGGUACAGACAAAAACCGAUGAGUACUCCCACCGGUGCAUUAUAGCAAUUCCGACCAUUCAAAUGGUAAUUGAGUCAGAACUGUAGCCCACACAAAACGGUGUACGCAGUUAGACGUGAACAAUCUUCAUGAUACAAUGGGAAGCUUACCAAACCUAAGUGAUCUAUCAACCGAAAAGCUUGAACGCCGACUUGAAGAGCGUGAACGUAUCCUUGCCCGCGAACGUAUCAUUGAGCGUGAUUUUGGCCGUGAGAAGGAGUCAAUACGGACGCUUGAACGGCCCGUCUUCAUUCACAAGCAACAGAUUGCGGCUGCGAAAAGUAUCUUUCAGCAAAAAUGUCCACCGGGUUCGAGGAAGGUUAUGCGAACACGAAGCUCUGGCCAGGCACAUCACAUUUGGGACGAUCCCAUAAUAGACCAAUACUUAACUAAUUACUCGCCGGCCUCAAAUCGUAGCCAUCGAAUUUCGGUAGGACCAACCUUUGCGGCAGCCUAUCAGUUUCAGUCAUCUUCACUCGGGAAUAGACAUCGACGGGAUUCGGUCAACAGUUCCAUCGGGGCAACGUCCGUCCGCAAGUUGCUGACAGUACAAAAUCGAAGUUACGGCUGCCGGCACAAGAUUCCGUCGCACGUCCGCUCGAAGAUGAUGAAGAAUUUCAUCCUGAUAGCGAUAGCCCACGGUUUCAUGUGUACCGCGCUGGUACCACUUAUCGUACUGCAGGGCGCUAACUCGACCUGGUUCCAACAGGAAUCAUGGCUAGCGGCAGGACCAGAUGUGGGUUCGGGAUUGCUCAGCUUGUGCUGUGCAGUAACGGCCGGUAUGAGCUUAUUGACGACCAAGCUGGUACAGCGCUUCGGAUACUCGAUCGUACUAGCGGCCAGCUAUGGUACCGUCUGUUUGUUUUUAGCCGCUCACAUCUACCCCGUACUGCUUUCGUUGGUGCCCGGGUAUCUGCUGCUUGGGCUGUUGCUUGGACCUUCCGUAAUAUGUAAGCAAGCGCUACUGGUGUCGAUGGCGGGAAAGCUGAGCUGUUCGCAACCGGAAUGUGGUGGCGCUAGUACCGCUGGUGCAAAUGCCGACAGUUACGAUGACCACAGGUUGCUAUGCAGCCGGCAGGAGCAGGUCCGUCGGUUAGGGCGAUGGUUCCGUGCAGCAGGAGACCUUGGAAUUAUAAUCGGCACUAUCGUGGCAGCGUUUGUAUUGACGUGUGCUUCUGGUUCGAACCGCAUCGGAUGCUACUACAUAUCGAGUCUUGCCCCACCAGUUCCGAAUGCGGCUCUGACGGGGACAAUGAAUGGGACGACGCCAACGUUCAAUGGGUCUCACAACGAUCAGCCCGCAGAUGGGGGUUUGCCUCUGUACAGGGACAUUCUUAUGUCUCUGCCGGGAGAUACGGAGCAACCCCUGGACAUGGCGACAACCCACAGCACUAAACCUACUAAUCCUACACCAUCCAAAGUCGUUACACCUUCGAUGCCGACGCUGCGAGAAACGAUGUACUUCCUGUACAACAUACGGUUACCUGAUCCGACCGGGAAUGGUGACGACGGAUAUCAACCUUCCAGCACAUCCAGUGGCCCAGCUGUUGGUGGCAGUUCCGAGGAGCAGCGUGAUUCGGCGGGACCGUACAUGGAUCGAUUCCCGUACAGCAUGUUCCAGACGAAUGACUACGGUGAGCGCAUCUGUGGUUCCCAUCUUUGCCCAGUAUGGGAUAGAAAUGUGCCGGUCAACAGUAGUGCGCUGGAGAAUCAGUUAAAACUACAGGGCUAUACGGGUGCCACGCCACUCAUGUGCAUCUAUUUGGUGUUCGGUGUGCUCGCAUUUGCCGUUACGGCGUUUACGUCGGAUAUUGAAUUCAACGUCAAGUUUGACUCUAUAAGAAGAAUGUCGGACACGCUGCUGUUUGCAGGACCGCUAGCGUAUUUCGUUGGUACCGAACAAGCGUAUAUGAUGGCUGACUUUAUGAAGGCAUUUGUCGCAUGUGAGCUGGGACCGAACAGUGUGGCCGGUGUUCUGGUUGGUAUGGGCGUGAUGCAGCUGAUUGCCGCCUGCACCUUAAGCAUGCUGCUGAGACACACUAAACGUGUCGUAGUCAUAGUUGCUGGGUUUAUAUUCCACGCCUGCCUGCUGCUUGUUCUCUUGCGCUGGAAGCCCUCCAGGGACGAUAGUGCCGUACUGUACGUCAUACCGGCUGCCUGGGGUGUUUGCAAUGCGGUUUGGGAGACGUUGCUGUUUGCUUUAACUACGCUUACGCAUCCGAACAAGUUCGCCGAAGUGACAUCACCUCUACAGGCACUUCGAUUCCUUGGUCUAGCCGUUACGUUUGCUGGCCACGGAGUACUGUGUGAAGCACCGAAAAUCAUCAUUCUCGCCAUACUGCUAGUUAUCUCGGUCAUACCGUACACGAUGCUGGAGCUAAAGCUGGAAAAUCAGCGGAAAGCCCUAAAGCUAAGCUUGUGACGACUGUGUGCACACGAUUACUAAUGUUCGGCGAAGCAAAAGCACUACUGAAACUCCCGUCUGCGUCGGAAGUCUGCCCUCUGGACAGCCUACGGGACGAUAGUGCUUUGCGGCCCACUCUACACAUCACAACUAAUAUGGCGCCUUUGCUUCUCCUGGUAAUCGUCGCGUUGAAUGGACGUGGGCAAUUCUUCGGCAACAUCCUCGUAGAACAGAACGCCCGGAGGUGCAGAAGAUCCUAGAAAACUGAGUUAACAAAUAGUUGCGGUCGUAUUUGUAUCGUCCUAGAACACCCUAAACGACCCGUUCCGCGUAGGAUGCGUGCUGUGGUUUAGAGCGCAUACUCUACGAAACGCUGCGUGAGUAUAACUAAUAUUCUCUACUCUCGAGUUGUAACUAUUGCUACUACUGUAGGCUAGUGAAGUUUUUGGUCUCGUUUCUCCUCCUACUUCUAUAUAAUGUGUAAUCAAUGUCAUAACUUCUGGGCAUUCGGGUAGAAGGAUGUACUGAAGCAAAAGAUAUCGCUCUACAUAACGAAAGUAGAAAUGUGAAUGUUAGGCAGAACGAGUGUGGGUUGCUCUUAACUUAUCUAUCAGUACGUUCAACCACUUAUACACAAAAACGAAAGUAUUACACCUGUUUCCGCACGGCCUCCAUCUUUCACGGCCAAUUUAUGCUAGGUCCAGUUUUAACAUCUUUCUCACGCCAAAGAGUUUGCGGUAUGAAAUGGAAAUGGCCUGCGGGUGGGGAAAAAUGUCCCCAUACAUAGAGAGGAGUGUAUAAAAAGGGAAUUGCUAAACUACAAAUAUCAGUAGCAGGGAAAUUUUGAUAUUCGAAAACGGAAGUGCUUAGCUACACGAUUGAUGUUCUGAAUUUGUGCCAAUUGUCAACGAACAACUAAAUCAUAUAUAUAUAUAUAUAUAUAUACAUAUAGUUGAAUAGACGAGUGUAGGAAAUUUAUACAUACCGGCAAACAUUAUUGAUUGCAAAACUUUAGGCAAAACGCACAACAAAUUAAUCCCGUACGCAGAAAGCUUAAUGGGUAUCAGUUCAAUAGUUUCGGAUGGUAGGAGCAGUAGCAACAGUGCACUUAUAGAAACUACUAUUGGCCGCAGUAAUAGUAACUGCUGUUACAACAAGCAACUGAGUAGAGUGGUUAAUUGAUAAAACAAAUUCACAUGCCAGUCGAAUGGAACUAAAACAAUCGAUAUAGCUAGCUCGCUUUGCAGCGCAUUUGCGUAAGCUAAAUGUGUCAAAAAUUCGACAGGAGAAGCAGUGAAGGCGUGUGCAUCCUAUAACGUAGAAUCCGCAUGUCUUACACAGUGCCAAAUAAUGCUAUGUGUACACAGUGAACAACUCAAAUCAUUUCAAGUUGGCAAAAUUAACGUAACAGUAUGUGCAAUGCAACAGGUGGUAGGGCUUUAACGUAAUUCGUGACAGUGCCGACAGCGUUACAAAGUUUUUUGGUAAAUUUAUUUGCUUCUUACAAUGAACGUUUCAGCUUUUAAUUGUAAGUGAACGUAAAAAUGUUCAUUCUUCACCGUAUUGUUAGGGGUUAAAUUAUUCUGUUUUGUUUAAUUAGAAAUUCUUGCUUCAGAUAUGUAAUUCUGAGGAGAAAGUUCUAAGAUCCAGCUUUAGUAAGAGACAAAAGUUUAAUCUAUUAUCGAGCAGCUUCCAAAGAGAAGAUAAGUAUAUUAACUGAAAAAAAAAUCAUUUAGGGAUUCCCAACAAGCGGUACCACGAGCUAAUUAAGCGUAAAACUCAAUAAGUGAAAUAGCUCCACACUCUAAAUAGAGAACAUUGUCACGCGGAUACAGAAUUAGUAGGGCUAAAGUCUAAAACGUUAAGGACGAUCGUUAAAAGUGUUGCCAAUAUCAAUCAAAUCGGUGCAUAUACUGGUACCGAGUAGCCUCUGGGAGCCACUGAAACGCUUAGUUGUUCCACUUGAGUCUGUAGAGAUUUUGAACACUUUGUAGUCCCUCUUUGUAAGCAACCGCGAAGUGUGUAUGUGCCCCGUCAGUUUGUCUAGUGCCGUUUAAUUAAAACCUUUAUCAAAGCCAAACAAUUAUAGCCAAACACACACACACAUACACGAAUAAAGUCAACAGGAUAGUCUAUAUACAAACACACACGAUAACGUA